CGUAUUUAGGAACUGAAAGCAUCUCCGAAUACCUAACCCGGAGCAUGGAUACACAGCAACGUCCUGGCCGCCCCAUAAUGAAACCCGGUGUCACCUGCGUAAAUCAGUGGCAUAGGAUGUUUCUCUGGAUCAUACCGACUCUAGUAGCGAGGUUUUGACCAUUCUCGGGCUGCCUGAAGCUGGGACUACUAUCAGUUCCAUAACAUAUGUCAACUGGGCGCACCUUCCAGAGUGGAUCAAGGACGUGUUGGGUGACGAUUGGGACACAAUCGCGAAGACGGGGUAUGUUGGUGUGACAGAGACGACCGCAAUAUUGAUGUCCACGUUGCGUCAGAGAUAGAUGCCGACGGGGUCUUGGACAUGGCUGCUUCUAAACAGGCUGCACUUCGCAAGCUUGCAAGAAUCAUCACCAGCACUUCUCGUGAUAUUAAGGAUGUAUGGACUCGCGGAGAGCUUGAUGAAUUUGGUGAGUAUUCCGUGCAGGACCUUGACGGUGGACGUUUUGUCCUUGUUGCAGGACAGACGGUGCUGGAUAUACGUGACCGUGGGCCCAUGUAUUUGACGGCAGAGGCUUUUGAAGGCUACGCCCGCAAGCUGUUGGAACAUACAGUUCGCAGGGACAGUCCACCCCUGGCUGCACCCGUCAUCAAGCGAGGUCCAUUAUUAUCCCUGACCGACAAACACGACGAGUCCCACCCGAAAAAGAUCCAGAUUCGUUCUGUCAUUCCACGAUUUUCCCUUUGGUUUGAGUUGGGAAGACCCAUUGCCGUCGCCGAUGCCAUUGUUGAGGGGGCUGAGGAUGCCAUUUCGAUUGAAAGUCGUGUGGUUGAGGGGGACGUUAGGGUGAAGUUUACAUUUGCAGUCGCAAUGCCGGGUCACCAUCUUGUUGAGGUGCAUGCAAAUUUUGCAGACUCGGAAACAAUGGUUUCGACGUCACAGAUGUUUGAGGUUGAGGUUAUUUACACAAGGAGGCAGACACAUUGAAAUAGCGUGUAUUUGGGACACCGUUGUGGCACGCAAACUGUAGUAGUUACUAGUAUCACGAAAACUAUUAUUUAACCAAGAAGCUCUGAAAUAUUAUUAUAAACUUCGCGUUCG